AUGGGUGACUUUAAUAUUGAGCGCUGCAGCACUCUAUCUCCCGGUGCUCGUGUGGGCAUUGGCAUUGCUAUCGCUGUCGUAGGUCUGGCGGCACUAGUCGCAUUUGGUGUUUCGCGUCAAAGGCGUCUCCGCCGACAGAACCUCGCCUAUGUGCCCAACGGGAAUAGUCCCCAGGCAUACCCGGUGCAGGGUUCCCCUUACGCCCCGCCUGGCGGUGUCUAUGUUCAGAACACCAACUCUGGCUACUAUGGAUCGUACCCUCCGCAGUACCCGCAGUAUCCACCACCGGCGCACAGUGGCAACGGUUGGGACCCGCAGAAUGGGUUCGCUCCGCCGUACCAGCAGACCCAACCGCCCCACUACUCGCCCCCACUCGGACCGCCGCCACAGAUUAUGGAGAAAACUCGGCCCUGAGAUUUCGGAAUAUAUCUGCCUGCCAUGCCAAUCGCCAUCUUCGGCUACGUCUUGCUGUACCUGUACUGAUGUAUCUUACAAGAUCUUUGUUGUGUUUGCAGUAACGUUGUUGACAUCCUAAGAAUCUUUAUCUUCGCA